AUGCCGUCCUUGCGCGACACUCUGGUCCUGGAUUUUGUCGGCGCACUUCUGGUGCAUGCUAUCUAUAAGAGAUAUGAGAUUAAUCCAUCCCGCUCUAUCGUUACCUUCCUUCUGCUCGGCGGAGUGCCCUCGAUAUGCGCUUUUCUCCUGAAGGCGCACAUUGGCUCAGUGAUUUAUGCCGUCCCGAUCGCAUUCGCCGUAUUUUACACGACGCUUACAACGUCUGUGGUGCUGUAUCGCAUCUCACCAUUCCACCCUCUUGCGGGGUAUCCAGGUCCUCUCUUGGCGAGGAUAUCUAAACUGUACUGCCUCGUUAAGAUGGUAAGUGGGAAGAAUCACGAGUGGUACAAGGAACUUCAUAACAAAUAUGGCCCCUAUGUUCGAGUUGGCGCGUAUUCAGGAAGUCCUAACGAAGUGUCUGUCGUCGAUGCAGACGCAAUAUCAUCCAUUCUUGGUUCAAAUGGUCUUCCCAAGGGACCCAUGUGGGAUGCACGACGGAAUCCGAAUGGAGUUUGCACUCUGAUUGCCAUCCGCGAUCCUCAAGAACAUGCACGGCGCAGGAAACCAUGGAAUCGCGCGUUCAACACCACUUCCGUGAAAGGCUAUGAACAGAUACUCAUCCGACGUGCUCUGCAACUUGUCGGGGAGCUUGAAAAACGAGCCCAGGUGAAAGGUGGACUUCUGAAAUCUGCUGUCGACUUAGCGGAAUGGAUGAAAUUCUUCACAUUCGAUUUAAUGGGUGAUAUGGCAUUUGGUGGCGGCUUUGAAACAAUGCGCGACGGUCCCGAGGAUGUACCUAUUUGGCACGCCAUAGAAGGUGGAGUGAAGGGCCUGGGGCUACUUCAGCACCUUCCAUGGGCUCUUCACCUCAUGUACAUGCUUCCAGGAGCCACUAAGAAUCUCAUCGUCUUACGAAAACAUGCAAUUGCAGCUGUCAGGAGGCGCAAACGGGAAGGCUCGCUUUCUAAAGACCUUUUUCACCACCUUGUGCGUCUUGAUUUCUUCGCUCCAUCACAAGUUAAUGUACCGACUGGUGUGCACAAGAUCGAUGAAGACGGGGUGGAGAAAGAGAAGCCAACUGAUGCAGUAGUCACGUCUGACGCAGUUCUGGCAGUUCUCGCUGGUACCGACACGACGGCGACCGUGCUCGGCGGACUGUUCUACAACUUACUCACACAUGCAGAAGAUCUCCAACGUCUGCGGAAUGAAGUUGAUCAGGUCUUUCCUCCUGGUGAAGGUGAUGCAACCGAUAUAUCAAAGCUAAAUGGGAUGGAAUAUCUCAAUGCGGUAAUAAAUGAGGCGUUACGGAUCUGCCCACCUGCGAAUGUGAUGCAACGAGGAACGACAGCUGAGACCGGAGGCAGGUACCUAGGAAAUAAGUAUGCUCAUCCCGUUAUUUCCGCCGUCUGGUUUGAAGCUUAUCAGGCGUCUAAAUCUACCAGUUUUAUUCCAGAAGGAACGGCCGUCGACGUCCCACUCUACGCCCUGUUCCGCGAUCCACGUUAUUUCUCUCCUGAGCCAGAGGAGUUCUGGCCCGAUAGGUGGCUCAAUUCGAACAUGAAGAAACGUACUCCAAAGCAAAUGGAAUACUCCACCGAAAAGUCAGAGACAGAGACAAUGGCCUUGGCUGCGUUCAUUCCAUUUUCUUAUGGACCAGAGAACUGUGCUGGACGGGCUCUUGCAAUGGCUGAACUUCGGAUGGCCGUUGCGUUGUUGGUACAGCGGUUCGACAUGCGUUUUGAGGAAGGGUAUGAUCCGAGGGAGUGGAACGAUAAGCUUGAGGAUUGGUUUAUUAUGCUUACAGGGAAGCUGCCAGUCGUGCUGACUGUCAGAAAUUGA